CGUUGGGACGUACAGUCGUUUCGCUUCCGCUUGUAGAAAAGUGGGAAGUUGCUUAUUUAAUUCACUUUUCGUCACGCAAGCGAUGACGUCCCUACAUGAAAUGGACUCGCAAAGAGCUGCUAAGCUGGAGUUUGCGGUGCAGAUGACAUGUGAAAGCUGUGCAGAUAAAGUCAGAGCUGCCUUAGAGGGAAAACCAGGAGUGAAGUCCGUCAGUAUCGAUGUGAGUAAGGAGGAGGUUCUGGUGGAGUCUGCUCUGACCAGUGCAGAGGUCCAGGCACUAAUAGAAAGUACCGGACGCAGAGCUGUGCUGAAGGGGAUUGGAGGAUCUGAACAAGAUCUGGGUGCAGCUGUGGCCAUGCUGGCCGGUGUUGGGUCCAUCCAGGGAGUGGUGCGAUUCCUCCAGCUGUCUGAGGACCGCUGCUUGAUUGACGGGACCAUUGAUGGGUUGGAGCCUGGACCCCAUGGCCUCCAUGUCCACACUCUGGGGGACCUGACGCUGGACUGUCUCAGUUGUGGAGAGCAUUAUAACCCUUUCAAUAGACAACAUGGUGGACCAGGGGACUCAGAACGGCAUGUUGGUGAUCUUGGAAAUGUCCAUGCCGGUCCAGAUGGUAGAGCCUCAUUUAGACUAGAGGACAAUCAACUUAAGGUGUGGGAUGUGAUUGGCAGAUCACUGGUAGUGGAUGCAGGGGAGGACGAUCUGGGUCGAAGCAGUCACCCUCUGUCCAAGCAGACUGGAAACUCUGGAGAAAGACUGGCCUGUGGGAUCAUCGCUCGGUCAGCAGGUCUUUUCCAAAACCCCAAGCAGAUCUGUGCCUGUGAUGGGGUCACACUGUGGGAGGAGAGAGACAGGCCCAUCGCCGGGAAAGGCCGAAGCAAAGCCAACGCUGACGGCACCCCGGCAGCACACCUCUGAACAGAACCACAUCUGUGAGGGUCCCGCCAACGGACUGCACAGGAUAAGAAAAGAAGAAGAGGAUGUUUGUUGACCAAGGAACAGCGCUCAGAUAGAGACAUGGAUGUGUUACCAGACAGCUGGACUAAUGACCAAA